AUGAAAACAUUUUUAUUAAAUUCAGUAAACAACAUUUUUAAAAGAAAAAGCGAAAAGUAUUUAAAACAAUUUUUUAAAUUUAUUCUGAGAAAGGAACAUAUCGAGAACAUACAAACGGACGAUGUUGUGUUGUACCCUUUGUCAACACUUUGCAUCUACCUGACCCAUUUGGACGAUGCGGUAGCUAGCUCUUUUGGUCCAUUCGAAGGACCCAAUGUAACACCUGAACCAGGGGAAAAUCAGCAUUUAAUUUAUAAAUAUGGUAUGAACAGUAAGGCGAGGGAGUCCCAGCCCCCCCCGGAUGAGCUGAAACAGUUCCUCUUAAUCAGCAAAGCACACACGAGCACCUUCUUCGAGGCAUAUAUGAAACAUUUUCUUUUUUCGAAAAGACAUGAAGCAAAACUGAACCUACGAAGUUGUACAUAUCUUCUGAAUGCACUAUGCUUACUGAAUUAUGAGGAUCACAAGAACCAUCGAAAAUGGCUUUUCGAAAGAUUGAUGAAAGAGUUUAUAUAUGGAUAUCAUGCAUACUUAAGAAAAAUUGGAACAAAGCACCAACUCGAUCAAGUGCAAAACAGUCAGAUGGGUAACUUAACUAACAACUUCUUAAAUUGUCAGAUUCUUGUGGAAUCCCUUACAGUAAUAAAUAAACACAUAUCGAAAUUAAAAACAUACGAUUUAAAAAACGUACACCUCUUCCACGUCUUCUACUUGAAUGUCAUUAAUUACUUAUUCGCAUGUGAAACAUUUCACACAUCUGGUGAACUUCCCCAAGAAUUCUGUGCCAAACAUCGGACAGGUGAAUCAGAGCAGCCCCCAUGUGUGGUACUAACCAACCAUAUUGAUGAAAAAUGUGUGAACAUAAAUCGAAUCAAGCAAUUCUACCAACUCGUACUUUUAGAUAUGCACAAUUUUUUCAGCAUAGCCCUUUUCUUAAAGAAGUAUGAAGAAUCUGUUUACCACUUGGACUUUUACUGCGCUCAGGAGAGUACUGUCUCAUCGGAUGGUUCCUCCCCCGAGCAGGGUUGUUCUGGAAGUGACCCCAUCAGAGGUGAUCCUGUCAGAAGUGACCCCAUCAGAGGAGACUAUAUCCGCGCCAUGAUAAAUAGAACCAUUGUCCACAUCUACCUGAACCUGUUUUAUGGGACUCCAUCGGGGAGAGAAGACCAGCGGGGGGAAGGGCACAAAUCACUGCAUUGUGAUGAAGGGAACACAACCAAACGGUGCAACUGGAGAACGAACUCCUCUGUCACCAAAGAACUUCAUAUAAAUAAUAAACACACGCAUAGUCGCAAAAAAAAAUUUAUGAACGAAAAAUCAGCACUGUUGUCCCACGACUUGGCAGAAGCAAGGAAAAAAAACCCCCGAAUGGAAAUUCUUAACAUGAGUGCAUCAUACCUACUACAAAUGUGGAAUAACUUUUAUGACGAAUUCGAUCAAUUAUACAAAGGGGGGAAAAUAAAUAUUAAUUUUGUUAUUUUUCAAAAUGGUAUGAACAUGGUCAGAUUUUUAAACACCUUGUCCUUCUCAAUAUUAUCUACCGAUAUUCACGCAUGUGACCAUUUUAACAAAAAUUUAUACAACCAUAUGUCAAAUUUUAAGCUAUUUAUAAAAUUAAAGAAAACAUCAACUGAUACGUCCAUCCUGAAUGCAGCAAUAUAUACAUAUAUCCAAUUGUUCCUCUUCAUUUUGAACUUUUAUAUUUCUCUUGUAUGUACCAAUACCUUGGUUUCCCUUCUCAGCUGUUUUUCCCAAAUUGGGCUUACACACACCAAAGAGGGGAAAAGAACAAUUAGAUGUUCCAUCCUCCCAAUUCGAUUAAUAAACGAGGAAAUAAUUUCCAGAUCCUAUGAAUGUGUCGUGGAUCUCCACAAGGGACACCCCUAUGAGAGGAAGAAACUUCUGCUUCUGCACCCUAUGUCAUCGAUCCAUGGCAUUUCUCCCACCUCCACUAGUGUCAAUCGAAGGCACCUCUUUAACUUGUGUAACAUAUAUGGCAAACUCAACUUCUACCAUGUAUCAUUUGUCGAAUUGAUUGAAAAUGUUAUCAUUACUGAACUGCCACAUUUAGACAAGAAAGAUAUCUUAGCACUGAUAUAUUUUCUAAACAGGAUGUUUUCUCUCACAACUAGAAAAACAAAUUCCACAACUCACAAUCAAACAAAUUCUCAAAGCAGAAGCGGAAGCCCAAGUCUAACACAAGGGUUACGACUACGACAUGAUGUAUUGCUACAUCUACUUAGAAACAUAGAACCCAAUAUUAUCAGAUUCCAAAUGAGCGAAAUUCAUUUAAUUUUGAAAACCCUACUUAGUUUUAGUCGUAAAUAUACAGAUCCAGAUCUUUUUUUAUCAACAUUUGCAGACACCUUACUUCACCACGUGGUCCUUCGAACUCUUGUCAUGUGGUCUGUUCGGCAAUCAUACGAAAAGUUCCAUGUGGAGAAAUCCCAGGUGGAGAUUGAGUCAUAUGCAAAGGGGACCCCCUCAAGCAUGCACGGAAAGGAACGUGUCGACAGAACCGAUUUUAAGAAAACAAUUCAGGAAUUCUCCAAAAUGAUUCGCUUGUCACGUUCAAGUAACAAAACAUAUCUGAAGAAAACAGGAGAUGUUCUUCAAGUGCACGAAGGUAAUUCCAGUUUUUCCAUUAAAGAAAAUGAAAUGUUUAAUAUCUACUCCUCCCUUUUAGAAACUGAUAGAAGAAUAACCACACCAAUUUUGAACACACUUAUGCGUGAUUUUGUAAACAUCCUAAGUGUAGUAACCAAAUUGAACAUGAAAAAAUACAUUCCUCUAUUUGAUGUACUAUAUCUAUUCAUUGCUCGAAUUCCAAAUUGUAGAAAUGUCUUAAAUACACAUGAGUGGGUAAGCCUAAUUUUAAGUCACUGUAAGGUCAAACACACCCCAUACUAUGUAAACCAGUAUUUGCAGCUUCUUCAUGAAAACAUUCUUAAUAUCCCUGCUUCCACUUUUGCGAACACGGACAACCCUGUCGAAGAAUUGCAUCCCUCGGAGGGGAGGACUCAUGUGAAGGAGCAGAAUGAGAGUGAGAAAAAUAUUCACCUCAUCAGAACGUUAUCCCAUCGACUAAAAAAUACUGGCUUAAAAAAUAAGGAACUCAUUUGUCGUUUGGCACAAAGAACAAGAGAUCGUUAA